UCCCUAUUCACAUCGCUAUUCUCCUCUUGCUCUCUCUCUCUCUCUCUCUUUUGCCGGUAACGGUUCGUCGGAAUUGAUCUCCGGUGGCGUUUGUGAAUGGUGGAAGCAAUCUCGAGCGGCGGUAAUCAUACGCUCUCCCUUUCGACCACAAGGGCGAGCUUCUUCAUCCCUGCGUCCUCUUCCUCUGUUUUCGCCUUCGGAUCUUGCAAGGAAGGCUGGUACUUCCGCUGCCUCGGCCUCGACCCCUGAAUCCCCUUUCCCUUUUGAUUCUCUGAAAGAUGUUGCUGUACAACAAGCAUAAGAAGAACCACACCUCCAAGGGGAACCGCAUCCUCAUCAGCGUCACCGUUCUCGGCAGUGCUGGUCCGAUCCGGUUCGUUGCCUACGAGGGCGAUCUCGUCGCCUCCAUCAUCGACACCGCUCUCAAAUGCUAUGCUCGCGAGGGUCGCCUCCCCAUUCUCGGCUCCGAUUUCAACGAUUUCCUUCUCUAUUGCCCCGUCGCUGGUCCCGAAGCUCUUAGACCAUGGAACACAAUUGGGUCGCUGGGGGCACGCAAUUUCAUGCUGUGUAGGAAGCCAGAGGAGAAGAAGCUUGGCGAUGGCGGUGAUAGAAGGCCGAAUUCCACCAUUAACGGAGGCAGAAAGGGAGGUGGGAGCUGGAAGACGUGGAUCAACAAGUCUUUCAGCUUGAAAAUCCCCAGCCAUUAGAUUCAUGGAAUACCCGAGAUGGGCUGUGUUUGAAAUUUGCUUGUUUCGUUUGUUUCUCCAUUUAAGCUGUCGAUUGUUUUGGUCAGGCUGCGGACUGUGCAGGCGCUGAGGCCUUUUUUCUUUCAUGAAUUUCUCAAUCUUCGGAAUAAAAGUCGUAUUCAUCGUUGGUUUUA